AUUGCUGACGUCACGACGUCGCUUCCAGUCCACUGGCUGCUGUACUUCCGUGUUUACCGUCUUGUCCACCACGACCAACAGAGCUACUGUUCAUGGCGCUAUAGCAGCCAUACACACAGCUGUCAAUCAAGCCGUCGUAUUUGAAGUUGUCGUGCAGUGUGCUCGCUGUCCGCGCGGCUCGAUGAUGGCGUCCAGCUAUAACGCGAAGGAUGAGGAUCAUCAUCCGGGAUCCGUGGGCUCCGGCGGCCCCGGCGCUGUCAAGAGCAAGAAGCCCGAUAACACGGCCUUUAAACAGCAGCGUCUGCCCGCCUGGCAGCCCAUUCUGACCGCGGGCACCGUCCUGCCCGCCUUCUUCAUGAUCGGACUCAUCUUCAUCCCCAUCGGCAUCGGACUCCUCGUCACCUCUAACAACAUCAAAGAGUUUGAGAUCGACUACACUGGUGUUGACAUGUCCAGUCCGUGUUUCAUCUGCUCGCAGAACUACAGCUGGAACGGCACUAGUGCGUGUACCUGCUCUGUGCCCUUCACCCUAGACCAGCCUUUCGAGAGUAAUGUUUUUAUGUACUAUGGCCUCUCCAACUUCUAUCAAAACCAUCGACGUUACGUCAAAUCAAGAGAUGACAGUCAGCUGAAUGGAGAUAAAAGCUCUUUACUGAACCCCAGUAAAGAGUGUGAACCCUAUCGAACGAGUGAUAAGAAGCCCAUUGCUCCCUGUGGUGCCAUUGCUAACAGUCUCUUCAAUGAUACUUUGGAGCUGUUUUAUAACCAUCCAAACGGAAGCAGAAUAACUAUUCAUCUGGUGAAGACGGGCAUUGCUUGGUGGACUGACAAGCAUGUGAAGUUCAGAAACCCUGCAGGAAACAACAACAACCUCUCCAUUGUGUUCCAAGAUACAAGUAAACCUGUAAACUGGCACAAACCCGUUUACGAGCUGGACCCGUCUGAUCCUGAGAACAACGGGUUCAUCAAUGAGGAUUUCAUCGUGUGGAUGAGAACUGCUGCUCUUCCCACCUUCAGAAAACUCUACCGCGUCAUUCAGAAGAAGAAGGACAACAUGACCCCGACACUACCGCCAGGAAACUACAGCCUGGAAGUGACCUACAAUUACCCAGUGCGCAGCUUUGAUGGCCGCAAGCGCAUGAUCCUCAGCACGAUUUCCUGGAUGGGAGGGAAGAACCCUUUCCUGGGCAUUGCCUACAUCACAGUGGGCUCCGUGUGUUUCUUCCUGGGAGUGGUGCUGCUGAUCAUCCACCAUAAAUACGGCAACCGCAACAACAAUGCUGACAUUCCUAAUUAACUGCGUAAUUAUCAGCACACCGCAGUCUGUACACUGACACGAGAUUACAGUCUGUCGUAUCUCAUGCUGCUGUACACACACAGGUGCCCAGAGGAACUACUUGCAAACGUAUUAUGUAUGCACUGGCAGUUUUCAAUGAGCUGUUUUAAGCAUUUAUUUCAUCCACACCAAAGCUUUAUAUUUUAUGGUUUUCUACAUGAAGUAUUUUAGAGUAGCUGGAUCAUGUGCAGUCAUACAGUAGGACUGUAUUUAAAUGCAUCCCACCACAAAAACAUAUCUAUAAUAAUAAUAAUUAGCGCAUACAGACAAUGAAGCACUUUGUAUUGACGUUUAAGAGACAUAUUGUGCAAAAUAGAAAUUCUCAUUCGAUUUUGAAGCUUGGUGAAAUUCAUCCAUUUGGGUAUUAUUGCUAAUGGUAUGGUACAAUCACAACAGUCAAGAAUUAUUAUUAUUAUUUUUUUUUAAUAAGAAUGCAAUAUUUCUGAUAGUUUGACUGAUCGGUAAGGAUGAUGUUACUUUAUUAUUUAAAAUGCUGAACUGUGAGUGUCUAGAUAUGCUUAAUAUUUUUAGUUUCUUCUUUGAAAAUCUUGUUCUGUGCAAUGUGUAUUUAAAAAGGAUAUGUGUGUUUUGCAACUACUGAGGAUCCUUUAUCAAGCUCAUGUCUGUUGUUGAGCCAAAGUCCUUUCAUUUGCUCAAGAGUUGUGUGAUAAUAAACAUCAAAUGCAUGA